AUGUCCACGAUCACUACUACGGCCCUGCAGUCGGGCGAACCGCCCAUCAUCCCCCUCUCCUUCAACUCCAACCAGCCAGAGACAAUCCGUCUUUACCCGCUCUCCAAUUACACAUUCGGCGUGAAGGAGACCCAGCCUGAGGAGGACCCCUCCGUGAUCGCCCGUCUGAAGCGCCUCGAGGAGCACUACACUCAGCAUGGCAUGCGCCGUACCUGCGAGGGUAUCCUCGUCUGCCACGAGCACAACCACCCGCACAUCCUUAUGCUACAGAUCGCCAACGCCUUCUUCAAGCUGCCCGGCGACUACCUCCGCCCUGAAGACGAUGAGGUCGAGGGGUUCAAGGCGCGUCUCGACGAGCGCCUUGCCCCCGUUGGCAGGAUCGGCGAGGGUGAGGAACCCGCGGAUUGGCAAAUCGGCGACUGCCUGGCGCAGUGGUGGAGGCCCAACUUCGAGACGUUCAUGUACCCAUUCGUGCCCGCGCACGUAACUAGACCGAAGGAAUGCAAGAAGCUUUACUUCAUCCAGUUGCCCAAGAGCAAAGUACUUAGUGUGCCGAAGAACAUGAAGCUCCUUGCAGUGCCCCUGUUUGAGCUCUACGACAACACGGCUAGAUACGGACCCCAACUCUCCGCGAUCCCCCAUCUUCUCAGCAGAUACAACUUUGAGUUCGUUGACGAGAACGGCAACAUUGUGGCGGUUACACCUGGCUCGAGUGCUCCGGAGGGAUACGUGCCAAAGACCAAGGUUCUGGCCGGCGAUGACACGGAUAUGCAGGAGGCGAAGGAUGAGAACGGCGAGCAGUAG